AGCUGUUGAUUCAAAAAGCAAUGCAAUUGCGAAUGUGAUGUGUCUGUAGUAGUAGUAACCUGCGUUGUUGUUCAUCUCUUCUCUCUUCAAUUCAAUUGACAAAAAUGAAAAUCCAGAAACCCUAGAAGACGUAAUCUUCCUUAACAAAAAUGAUGAAGAAGAAAGUUCCCGAUUGGCUUAACAGCUCUCUCUGGUCAGCACCUACAUCUCCUCCUUCCACCCACGACAACUCCCCCAUUCUCAGCCCAACUUCGCCGCCUCAACCUCCCUCCCCUCCCCUCGUUGUUCAAGAUCCUCCGCCUACGCAGGUAAUUGAAGAAUCGAGAUCCGAAGAUCACCAUGACGCUUCUCCUUCCGCCUUUGACAUCUCUCACCAGGCUCAAUUGUUAGCCGAGUUGUCGAGGAAGGUGAUGGAUAUGCGAGAAUUGCGGAGGAUCGCGUGUCAAGGUGUGCCUGAUUCACCUGGGAUACGUUCUACAUUGUGGAAGCUUUUGCUUGGAUAUCUUCCGCCAGAUCGUGGGCUUUGGUCAUCUGAAUUAGCAAAGAAGAGGUCCCAGUACAAACAGUUCAAAGAGGAGAUUCUUAUGAAUCCUUCAGAAAUCACAAGGAGAAUGUACAACUCUACUAGUGGUGAUGCUGAUGUUAUCAAAUCUGAGAGAGCCUUGCUCUCUAGAUCAGAAAUCUCUCAUGGUGAGCAUCCUUUGAGUCUUGGGAAGACGAGCGUAUGGAAUCAAUUCUUCCAGGAUACAGAAAUCAUAGAUCAGAUUGACCGAGAUGUAAAGCGCACUCAUCCUGAUAUGCACUUUUUCUCUGGUGAUUCUCAAUUUGCAAAAUCUAAUCAGGAGGCUUUAAAGAACAUAUUAAUUAUUUUUGCGAAGUUAAAUCCAGGUGUAAGAUAUGUUCAAGGGAUGAAUGAGUUAUUGGCUCCUUUGUUCUAUGUGUUAAAAAAUGACCCAGACGAGGAAAAUGUAGCCUUUGCUGAAGCUGAUGCUUUCUUUUGUUUUGUUGAGCUAUUGAGUGGUUUCCGAGAUAACUUUGUUCAACAGCUAGACAAUAGUGUUGUGGGAAUCCGUGCAACCAUUACAAAAUUGUCCCAGCUUUUAAGAAAACAUGAUGAAGAGCUGUGGCGUCAUCUUGAGAUCACUUCGAAAGUCAAUCCCCAAUUCUAUGCAUUUAGGUGGAUCACUCUCCUGUUGACUCAGGAAUUCAAUUUUGCUGACAGCCUUCACAUUUGGGACACUCUUUUAGGUGAUCCAGAUGGUCCUCAGGAGACUCUUCUCCGGGUAUGUUGUGCAAUGCUAAUUCUCAUCCGCAAGCGCCUCCUAGCAGGUGAUUUCACUUCAAAUCUCAAGUUGCUACAAAGUUAUCCCUCAACAAACAUUAGCCAUUUGCUCUAUGUUGCCAACAAGUUUCGUGUACAGUCAGUCUAAUGGUUCUUGCCCCCCCAUUUUUUGCAUUUUUCUUUUGUAUCUCUAAUUUAGUGUUUGAAAUUCAAUGCUUGUAAAUGACUCUAAAUUUGAGGCUGCAGCAACGAUUUAUUUUUCUUACUUUUAAGUUUUUUCUUCUUCUAUGGUUCGUCAAUCUGUGCUUGGUGUAAUAUGUCUACAUCCAUCUAUGCUCACUCUUCAAAGAAUAAUAGUUUGUUGAGACAUUAGAUAAAAUUAUGAUAUGAAAUUAUUAAAAAAA